GCGUGGAAAUGCUGAAUGAGUGAGAGUGUGUGUAUGAGCAAGAGAGAGAGAGGUGGACGAAAUCACAUCGUAGGGAGUAAUAAUGUCACACAAACCAGCAGCAAAGCGCCGUGCGGCAGGUUUGACAGACGCGUUUUCGUUGCGGCACCAACUUUGGACAAGUCGGUGGGAACCUGGUGACCCACUGAAUGCCCCGCGGCUGCGCGACAAGUUAGGAGCGAGAGAGGGGGUGGAGAGAGAGAGAAAAAAGGACUCGUAUCACUAUUUUUAAAUGGGUACAGUGAGAUUUUGGGGGGGCGUGGACGGCAGAGAAGAAGCAGCAGCAGCAGCAGCGAGCAUGUUGGCGCUUGGCUGCAGUUCCAGUGUAGUGAUGUGCCGGCUGGAGGAACUGGACUACGCGUAGACUGUGGACGCUGGGGUUGCCGUGAAUCAUUCGGACUUUCUUCAUUUUGAAGCUUUGUUUGGAUUUAUGUCUUGUUGCGCUGCCGUUUUUUGGCCACGCAGAGGACUCGAGGGUAGGAGCUGUUAAACGCGUUCCGUGCGUAACGGAGAGAAUCUGGUCGAGCAGCUGUUUGAAUGACAGUAGUUUUGUGAUCCAUACCUGGUUAAGAAAGCCUAAUUAUUUAAAGUGGCUGCACAUGGUAAGUCACCAUCUCAAGUGGAACUCGAGGAGUGUUGAUUUCUGAAUACUGACAGGUGUUGCAGCCAUUUGGACUGGGUUAACUGUGAUUGAAAACACCUGAGACUCAUAAGGUUGGGUAUGCUAACCAAACCUUUGGUAUGGAUGAUCCACAGAUUUAAUCCAGUUAUUUUUACGCACCAAACCCUCGAAGGAAACGCACAUUGUAACUGGCAAACCCUAUAAUGCGUUUCAAACGCCGGAUGGGAAAGUAACAGUCACUUUUCUUAUUCCUGAGUUGUAGCCGAUUAGGCAGCAGCCAAAAAAAUGACAAGCAACGGACCUGUCAUCGUCUACGAGUGGCUGAAGACCCUCCAGCUCUCCCAGUAUGUCGAGGCGUUCGUGGAUAAUGGAUACGACGAUCUGGAGGUUUGCAAACAAAUCGGAGACCCCGACUUGGAUGCCAUCGGCGUCUACAUCCCUCACCACCGGCAGAGGAUCCACGACGCGGUGAGGAGGCUGAAGGAGGAAGCCAAAGAGACGGCCAGCGGACUCUACUUCACCCUUGAGCCAAUGCCACCCGCAGCAGAGAUUUACAGCGGGCACAUGGUGGAGUACGAGUCCAAACUGCGGGGCUCCAAGUCCUGGACCGAACCCAACAGCGACCGGGUUGGGCGUAACGGUGGGUACAUGGGCGCGCAGAGGAACCUGACGCUGGGCAACAGGAGGGAGCUGGUGAUUUACCCCAAGCUGAAGCUGAAGAUCAUGAUCAGGGAUAAACUCAUCAGAGAUGGCAUCAACCUGGCCAAGCUGCCCUACUCUAAUAAGGAUGGUUCUCUGGGCAACAUAGAUGACCUUGCCCAGGAGUACUCUGAGUACUAUAACACCUGCUUCAGUGACGUCAGUGAUCGCAUGGAGGAGCUUCGCAAACGGCGAGUCUCCCAGGAGCUUGACAUGGAGAAACAGGAUCCAAGCAGCACCUCUCUACAGCUCCGUAAUGAGAUCCAGGAAUCUUUAGGAUUCAGCAGUGAGGUGUCCACUCCUGAAACAGACAGAAAAAUGCCCCUGCACAAGUCCAGCUCAGAAGAUGGAUCUGGAGGCAAAUGGGACAACAAAAAGAAGAACAAGUCUUUCUGGCAGAACUUCCGCAAGUCUCAACACAAGCCUGUUAUGCGACAGACAUCCAAAGGAGAAGAUAUUGGCUACGUUGCCAGCGAGAUCACCAUGAGCGACGAGGAGCGGAUCCAGCUGAUGAUGAUGGUGAAAGAGAAGAUGAUCACUGUAGAAGAAGCUCUGGCUCGGCUGAAGGAGUAUGAGCGCAGCAGACAGUCUAGCAGUACUGACACUGCUGAGUGGACUGACGGAUCUGCACCCAAUCUAAUCCAGUCCUCAAACUGCAACUCUCGUGAACAGUCGGAUGAUGAGCAAUCAGAGGAUUCUGUGAAGUUCAAACGACUCCACAAAUUGGUUAACUCGACACGCCGGGUCAGGAAAAAACUCAUCAAGGUGGAGGAGGGCAAGAAACAUGCCUCUGAAGAUUUUCUGAACCUUGAGGCCCCUCCCACAUGUGAGGACAACACGGCUCUAUACACAGGGGUCCUAAAGAAGCCCCUCCUGCCCCAGGAGGCUUCACUGCCCUCCCUCACCCACGAUCAGCUCUCUCUGGAUGGAGACACAGACAGUCUGACGACCUCCCCUUCCUCCAGCAGCCUGGACACCUGGUCAGGACACAAGUUGGUCAAAACCUUCAGCAAGUCUUCCAGUACCCACGGUCUCAUCCGGCCCCCCAGGAGAACCCCAGCCGGCUCCAGCGCCCUGGGAGGCUCCAUCUCCGCUGUGGCAGGCAGCGGCUCCUCCUUCUCGGAGCUCGACGGCUGCGGAUUGGACGAUGAGGGAAAGCUGUCGCGCUCCACAACUGACGGCGAGAUGAGGAAGGCGCUGAGCUCCAUCUCCCACGGGGUAAGUAACAACGAGGCCCUCUACACCUUCUAUGGCCUCACCAAACCUCGUCCCAAACCCCACUCCCAGUCCCGCCUUUUCAUCUCCUUGGAUGACGGCCACCAAGGCAGCCCCAAACAUCAGCCCGCCAGCCGGCACCACGGCACCUGGACGCACCGGAAGCCUGACCCCAACUACGCAUACUCCACCAAGCACCUGCUGUACCAGCGCUCGCGCAAUGCCAAGACCCCUGUCUCCCCCUUGUCUGUCACCCCUUCCUCCCCUGUCCGCUGUGAUGUAGCCAAAUCGAAAGGUUUUGGGAGCGGGGGAGGGGGCUGGGUGUUCCCCUCCCGCAGGCUGCGUGGCCGAACGGCAGUCAGUGAGCUGAACAUCACCUAUGUGGUAGAACGGAGCCUGUAUGGUCACCUCAACUGGGCCCAACUGGUCCGCCCAGUUACCCUCAGCCGCGCUGAGCGCCGCUGUCUAUUGGAGGAGGACCGUGAGGCGGACAGGAAGUGGGCGGCCAGCGUGGACCGCUGCACCAAGCGUGUGCUCUUGCGCAUCCAGCAGAAGUCUAGAACGUGCAGCUUCGGAGGCUUCGACCUGUCCAACCGUUCGCUCCAUGUGGUCAACACGGGCUCCGAGGCCAAUAAUAAGGAACAGGAGGCGAUUUACAGGGAGGUGGUCAAAUCCCCCACCACGUCUCGGAUCUCGCUGGGCAAGAAAGUCAAGUCGGUGAAGGAGACGAUGAGAAAACGCAUGUCGAAGAAGUACAGCAGCUCGCUGUCUGAGCAGUCCAGUCCGGAUGGAGCCCCUGGUUCCCCACAAUCCCCUCUGCCUGACACCGACUCUCUGGAGAAACCGAAGCUGAAGGCCGGAGGCUCGGUGGAAAGUCUGCGGAGUUCACUCAGCGGACAGAGUUCAAUGAGUGGACAGACGGUGAGCACCACCGACUCGUCGGCCAGUAACCGAGAAAGUGUGAAGUCAGAAGACGGUGAUGAUGAAGAGCCGCCUUACAGAGGACCGUUCUGCGGACGGGCCCGAGUCCAUACAGACUUCACUCCGAGUCCUUAUGACUCCGACUCCCUCAAACUCAAGCGUGGGGAUGUGAUCGACAUCAUCAGUAAGCCACCCAUGGGCACAUGGAUGGGCCUUCUGAACAACAAAGUGGGCACCUUCAAGUUCAUCUACGUGGACGUGCUGAACGAAGAAGAGGAGAAGCCCAAAAGGCCCGUGAGGAGACGGAGAAAGGGUCGACCACCCAAACCCACAUCGGUGGAGGAGCUGCUGGAGCGCAUCAACCUCAAGGAGCACAUGCCCACGUUCUUGUUCAACGGCUACGAGGACCUGGACACGUUCAAGUUGCUGGAAGAAGAGGACUUGGAUGAGCUGAACAUCAGAGAUCCUCAGCACAGAGCCGUGCUGCUCACUGCUGUAGAGCUGCUACAGGAGUACGACAGUAGCAGCGAUCCGGAGCGCGGCGGCCUGUCAGGCUCUCAGGAGAAGCUGCUGUCUGAGGGUCAGGGCCUGGUGGGAGACUCCCCACGGGACUCUGGGUGCUACGAGAGCAAUGAGAACCUGGAGAAUGGUAAGAGCAGGAAAACGUCCCGUUCCAGUCGUUCUUCAGCCGGACUCCAGUCUCCAGACUACCCGACACUGCCCAUGACUCUUUCUACAGAGGCUCUGCAACAAAAUGGCAAAAACCAGCGCACAAAGUUCCCAAAAAGCUUCUUCAUCAAGCCCUCCCUGAAGGGCUUCAACUUGCUGGGACUGCGUAAAGCCCACAGACAGUCCCCCAUCCCAGCCAGCCGCAGCUGUGAAGACCUGGACGGUCCCCCACAGCAGACCGGACCCUGGAAACGUUCCCAUUCUCUGGGAGAUCUGCACUGGGAGCAGAAAAAUGAUCUUAGCGUGGAGCUCAAAUCUGCUAAGGAAGCGCCCAAAUCGGACAACGGCAGCCCCAGCAACGUCUGCAGAGAUAGCGGUUCUCCAGCUCAAAAUGGGACUCCAACAGUGAGCCCUAAAGCGAGGGCCGACAGACCGCCCAUACCUUCCCAGCUGCCUCUCCGUUCCCCUUGUCCAACCGCCCAGUCCCCCAACCCUCCAGAGCCCCUCUCCAGUCCAACUCCAAGUCCUCCCGAUUCUAGUGCAAGUGGCGAGAGGGUCAUCCGGACUCACCCCAAAAAGCCUCCCAUCCCUCCUCCCGUUCCCGCCAAGAAAUCAAAAGAAAGACUCGCCAAUGGCCUGCGUCACCCGCCUCUCUCCCUGCCAUCCUCGCCGUCGCCCACUCUAUCGCCCACCCACUCCCUCAACCGCUCUCAGCCCAGCAGCCCUAUAAUCCGCAGCAGCAGCAGCAGCCCCAGCCACAGCCACGGUGCUCCCGCUCUGCCGGCCAAGACCCCAAGCACCCCGGCCAGUCCUUGUGCCACCUCCUCGGCCUCCUCCAUGGGCGAGGAAUCAGGCACUCCACCAGCAGUGCAGCCUCCGUGGCUCUCAGAUCUCGGGGGCAAGAUGGCUGUUACAAGGAAGGCUUCCCAUGCCAAGAUGGGUCCUGACUUGCUCACCCUCCUGGAACAACGGCUGCAGGCCGAGGGCAUCGAUCUCACAGAGGAGCCCUACUCUGACAAGCAUGGCCGGUGUGGCAUCCCCCAGCCGCUGGUCCAUCGUUACUCUGAGGACCUGGAGCAGCCGGUCAAGGAUGUGGCCUCCACCAUGGACCAGCUCCGAGUCAAAGAACUCCGUAAACAGCACCGUAUGGCUAUCCCCUCCGGAGGUUUGACAGAGAUGUGCCGGAAGCCUCUCGCUUUAGGAAACAUCAGCACAGUCUCCGAUUGGCUCAUCUCCAUCGGCCUGCCCAUGUACGCCACGUCUCUGGCGGCGGUGGGAGUUGACACACUGAGCCGUGUGGCCUUGUUAACGGAGAGCAGCGUGUGGGAAGCCGGGGUUCGGGACGAAAGACACGUCCGCCGCCUCAUCACCGAGGCGCGAUCGGUCAACGCACACAGAGAGGUGCAGUCCUAAUCAUGUCGGUGGAAAUCGAACAACAGGUAUCGACUCAUUGGUUUGUACCAUCUGGUUUUAACCAUGGCCAGUAGGUAGCCACGGAUGAACCUGUGACCGCAGCACUAAAACACUUCCUGUUCCGCACAUGUUGAAAGACUUGACAUGAGCUCUCCGAUUUCCUCUCCAUCACUUUUCUGAAAUGUUUACGGCACUGAGGAGUUUCUCCUCACAGCCAAGACAAAAUAUCAGAUGCCUUUUCAAGAAAAAAAACAGACUCUCUCUGUGGGAUGGCUUUUAUUCUGAAGACACCCCAAAGUCUUAAAAUAAAGACUUGGAUCUGCCUUUAAGGAAGAUAGCACACUCUUUUGUAGGAUGGAUGGGUUUUUUUUUUGUUUCUUUUUAAACACGGAAAGACGGUUUAUUUCCUGCAUAUUUCAUAAAGUGCUUCAUUUUCAACUCUUGCGGCGAGGCGAUUAUUCAUCAGAGGGUCUUUUUUUUUAAAGGAAGAAGCUCGGCCAAAGUGUUUCAUUCCCACUAAUAGGUUCGUGAUGACAGAAUUCACCUAACACGUGGACUUUUUAAUCGACUAAACACAUACACCAAAAUAACAGGUGGCUUCAAGGUGGCUUAUUUUGUAUCAUGUUUCUGUACUAUAGCAUAAUGCACAUCUUAAUUUUCAAAUGAUUUAUAUGUUCGGAUAUGCGUUUGCCUUUUGAAUGUUGCAGCCUUAUUUGGAGGCCAGCUCUGUCAUUUCUAAGCUGAAAUAGCUGAUGCCACACCUUUAUAUUUCAUAAAUCUGAAAUUUCACUGCGCACCCUGGAUGCGCACGUUGCUCUAAUAUUCCGAGUCUUACAGGAAGCUUUGUUUUACUGUAGUAAUCACAAUCAGCUUUCACUGAAACAGUACAUUCCCUGGUGUAUCAUUUUAAGUUGCUGUUGAGAAUGAAUAGAUGAAUAGAACAUACUGGAUGCAGUAGUUUUGACUACACGGUGACUGAGACUGAACUGUGCCAAAGGAGCAAGCUUUCUUCUUUCUUUUUUUUUGUUCUGAAUGUGUCAAGAUUUUCUUUGACAUUCUGCCAGAUCAUUUCAGUGAUGUACACGGACCACAGAACAUGCUUCUGAGUGAUUGCAGCUUCUAUACACGUGAGGCCCAGAUGCUAAAUCGCAGCGACGGCGCAGACAUUGUCCCUGUUCUCUGGAUGAUAUUCACCAUACGUGUCGCAAAAAGCGUCUGCGGGAUCGGCUGGGAGGAGAAAAUAGAAACGUUCUGAAGACGCAGCUGACAUCUGGGCUGUCAUAUCUGAAAUUUAUUGGACGUCUGGGCCGUCUGCGCUUCGGUUAAAGUGUCAAAGUGGAAUUUGAAUUACAGUUUACUAACUAAUAAGCUCUUUAGGGAUUUUGCAUAACUUCGAAUCAGUGCCAGCCUGGAAUUGGUAAAAGCAAACGGUCACAUCAGGUGAAAAGCUGACCUCCACGUUCAGCACGACAAGAAAAACAAGUCUUAAAAAUUCAGGGAAGCACUGAGUGGGGUCAAGUUUGUUUUUGAGAAAAGAAAUCUUUGGGGCCAAAAUACGAAGUGAAAAAUAACCAGACUUUCAUGGCUGUUUCAUUUGCAUGAAACAGAGCAAAUAAAUAUUCCUCGUGAUUUUUUUCCCUCUGAUUUCGAACAGCUUCAUAGCAGAACUGAGCUUAUUCCGCAGAUUUGAUAUUUGAGAAAUUGACCAACUUAAUGCUAAAUUUAGAAGUUGUUUUUCUGCAGUGGGCACUUGAUAGAAAGAUAUUCGAUGCCUUUUUUCCUCUUCAAUCAAAGUGGUGCUCUGAGAAAGUGAGGAAGGGAGGGGUCGUUAUUAAAACAGUAGAAGACCCAAGAAGUGUUCUGUAAAGAAUGAAAAUACUGACACUGUAAAUGCACUUUAGAUGGUAAAUCUAGCUGUUUUAUAGGAAACAAAAUUGGCUACAUUUUGUUCACGGGUCCGUAAAUGGACUUUUGUCGUCAGGUAAAGGGUUUCAAGGGGUUAUGCUGGUAUUUUGUUUUUAGUAUUGAGUUCCCGAUGCCAAUUUUAAUAUCCAUUCAUGAGUUAACCUCUUCCAGUUAUACUCACUUCCGAUUUGUUUUUUGCAGACUUACAAAAAAUAAAAUUCUUAAUUACAUAUAUGAAAUGCUUAGCAGAAGGUGCACAUUCUGUAUAUGUAAUUGAUAUUUAAGUAACUUAUUUUUUGCUUUUUUUCAUAUCAACUGUAAUUAGCUGUACUAUAUGAAUAGCAAUACCUUCCUGCAUAAUGCAUAUUGCUCUAGCCAGUAAGGAACUACAGUAUGUAUUGUAAAAUAUGUGUACAAAUUAUUUUAUUUGGUUUUCAUCUACCUAAUGAUUGUCCAUACAGAUUUGCCUGUGUAUUGAAACAACAAAAGUAAUGUCCAUAACUAUUUGUCAUUCUGAAAUAUAAUAAAAAAACAGUUUCUUGCCA